AUGGAGGACGCAAAGUCCUUCCGCGAGCGCACCGUCUUUCUCCUCGGCUCAGAGGCGGCGGCGAACGACGUCUACUUCGAGGUGUCGGCCGCCAUCCGCCGGCUCGAGAGCAGCGCGGACAACGGGUUUGACCCCGCCUCGCCGCCGUACCGCACGCCCGGAGGCUCGAGCGUCCACCAGGGCAAGAGCCCCGCCGCCGGGGCGGUGCGUCCGUCGGAGCGGUGGGCCGACAAGGAGCUCGAGCUGGAGCAGUACGUCUCGAACUUCGAGGAGGAGGAGAUGACGUCGAUGGCGCUGCUCGAGGACAUCGUCAACCGCAGCGACGGCGAGAAGGAGCUCAUGGAGGCGCUCAAGGAGAUGGGCAUCAAAAAGAUGGGCCACCGACAGAGACCAUCGUCGGCGCCGUGCUGGGCAAGCUCGCGUAUUGGGGGUCGCGCAGAGUCAAGAGAGUAG